AUGGGCCACGAUCACCAUGAACCUUUCAAAAUUCCUCACUAUUCGAUCUACAACAACUACCAACAGUUCCCAGAGCUGGCGAAUCACGAGAGAAGGCUAGCUCAAAUUGGCCUCAAAGACCCGUGGAUCAGGAACUAUGUCUACCUGUACGAUCGUGAGUAUCCUCAUGUGCGUGGUAAAUGGAAUCACUUCAAGCGGUUGAUCUUACCUGGAUGGAAAGCUGGUGUUGGUCUUGCGUUUGCACUGAUUGCGGUCGAGGAAGGAUACCAGUAUGUCAGAUACGGCACAACUUCUUGGGAUUCCCAUCAUUGA